UGAAAAAAAAAAAAAAGAAAUUCAUAACUCUUGAAUUCUUUAACAACAAUCUUCCUUCUCCUUUCCCAGAAAAAAAAAACGUGAAAAAAAUGGGUUUACCGGUUACCGACCCGAUGACCCAAUUAAGCUUACCACCUGGUUUCCGGUUUUACCCGACCGAUGAGGAACUUCUUGUCCAAUAUCUUUGCCGGAAAGUUGCCGGUCACGAUUUUUCUCUUCAGAUUAUUGCUGAUAUUGAUUUGUACAAGUUUGAUCCAUGGCAGCUUCCUAGUAAGGCGAUGUUUGGGGAGAAAGAGUGGUAUUUUUUUAGCCCGAGAGAUCGGAAGUAUCCGAAUGGGUCUAGACCGAAUAGAGUAGCCGGGUCGGGUUACUGGAAGGCUACCGGAACUGAUAAGGUGAUCACGACCGAGGGACGAAGGGUUGGGAUCAAGAAAGCUUUGGUGUUUUAUGUUGGUAAAGCCCCUAAAGGAAAUAAAACUAAUUGGAUCAUGCAUGAGUAUAGGUUAUCGGAUCCCCAGAGGAAAACCGGUAGCUCCAGGUUGGAUGAAUGGGUGCUAUGUCGAAUUUACAAGAAGAACUCAAGUGCACAAAAAACCAUUUCUGGCGGUCAAACAACCGAACAGAGCCACGGCUCGCCAUCAUCAUCAUCCUCUCAAUUCGACGAUGUUCUUGAGUCACUACCCGAGAUACAAGACCGGUGCUUCAACUUACCAAGGGUUAAUUCCAUAAAAACCUUCCAACAAGAAGACCAAAAGCUAAAUCUCCAAAAGUUCGAUUCGGGCAACUACGACUGGGCCAGCAUCGCCUCAUUCGGGUUGCCCGAACCCGUUGUUCAAGAUCCACUACCACAACCCACAAUGAAUGGUGGUUCCUCAAUGGCACCAAUAUACACUAUGGACACCAAGUUUGGAAGAUCAGUAGAAGAUGAAGUUCAAAGUGGAAUCAGAAGCCAACGGGUGGAUCAUCCGGGCUACUUUCAAUCGAACUUGAGCCCGUUUGGUCAUAGCCAGAGUGUAUCGAACACGAUCGACCCGUUUGGUAUUAGGUACCCGACCCAACAAGGGGUUUUGGGCUUUAGACAGUGAAAGGGUGGCGUGUAAAUAUAUGAUGAUUCUCUGGGGGGUUAGUUGUAGAGUCAAGGAUUGUACGAGGGGUGGAGAACAAUAUUGUUUUAGAUUUAACAUGUUAUGGAAAUGAAAUGGCGUAUUCAACGCAAUUUUGUGUAUGAUCUUUGACCCGAUGUUAUCUAUACGAAAAGUAAGUUUACAUUUAACA